AACUCCAAAUACAAAGGGGAUAGGGUAGCGGUCUAGCUUAGUAGGUCUAGCGUUGCGCACUGGUUUUUCGUGUGAUCAUCUCUUCUUUUCAGUUUUCACUUUUCAGACUUUCAGUUAUCGUGUGAUUUUUCAUUGAUUUUUCAUUCUGUAUCCUGUAACAUGGUUUGAUUGUGCCUCGUAGGAGUUUUGAAUUUAAGUUGACCAUGAGCCAUCACGUGGAAAAUGUAGAGAUUCUUGACAGUAUGGUGAUAGAAGAAGAGAAAUCUGAAAAUCAAUGUUCACAGUCGACCACGAGCAAUCACGCGGAAAAUGAAGAGAUUCUCGACAACAUAGUUGAGAUUGAGAUAGAUGAAGAGAAAUCUGAAAAUCAAUGUUCGCAGUCGACCGUGAGCAAUCACGUGGAAAACGUAGAGAUUCUUGACAACACAGCUGAGAUUGAGAUGGAAGAAGAGAAAUCUGAAUACGAUGACGAAGAAAAAUCAGAAGAGGAGGAAGGAUCUAAAGAUAGCGAUGAAGAUAGUGACGAAGAAGAUGAAGACGCAGAAGAAGACGAAGAGGAAGCUGAAGAGGAAGAAGACGACUAUUAUUAUUCUAGAAAAAGACAUUGGGAUUACUAUGACGAUCACGUAUGCAAAGAGUGCAAAAAGUGUAAAAAUGAUGAUGCUUAUGUGUUUGUUACGAUAAAUCCGGUAAUUCUAACGAACGUUCCCAAAUUAAUGGAUAUGGCUUCUGUUGUGGCCGCAGCUACUCUAUGGAAUCACGUCAACAUAUCCAGAGCUCUAUCCAAAGUAACUGACAGAUGUGCAAAAGAAACCAAAAAAUGGAACUCCUUGUGCGGCAAAGUAAUCGCAUUAACCGACCAAUUACCUGUUCCGAAACCUAUCGCUGAACACAUCACUGGAUACAUACGUAUAAUGACGAAACAAAUAAUCGCUUGGGUAUCAUAUCACUACAGAACGGUGUUUUUGAAAUGCAGUCUCGAUAAAUACGUCUACAGCCUGGUUUAUCACAUUGCUUGGUAUCCUACUGGUGCGAUCAACUGCGCUCAAACAGCUAGAAAUAUGAUGACAUCGAUGAGAUUGAGCGAUGUUGAGAAAUUCAGAUUUUUGUCCGUGUAUUGUUUGAAAGAUGAAAUGGAUCGGAUGCCGACGUCGUUGUAUUCAGACCAUAUUCGCGAUUAUCCGAACUUCCAAGAAUAUCCGAUGAUUUUUUAUUGGUAUUGUUUCUAUAGAAACAAAUUGUCCAAGAUUAGCCGGAUUAUUGGACACGAUCAAACUCUAUCUAUCGAUGUUUAUAUGCUACGUAAUAGCAAAGUAGAUAACUGGUCAGCCAAAGAAUACUUUUUCGAUCAGUUGAAUCUUGACGAGCAAGUCCGAGAGGCUAUUUGGCUAAUUGACAAACAUGCCUCUGUUUACCAGAAAGCUGUGAUGUUGAAACUGAAUGAAAUGCAGCGUGAACACGUUUACAUGGAACGAGCUACGAAAAUAAUUGUGAAUUACGCUCGUCCUCAAAUCAAUUCUAGAUUUAUUCUUCAGACGUGGUUCGAAGCUCGGAAUUUGAUGAACCAAAAUGAGUUUUUGACUCUAGUUCGAGACCUGUUAAGCUUACACGUAAAAGGUGUAAUUUUAACGAAGAUUUGGACCAGUGCCAGUGAUAAUUUCAAACAACACGUAGUCGGUUUCAACGAUCAUGAAAUCGUUAGAAAAGUAUUAACAGAAUGGAAGUGGCGCGACGAUUACGAAUUCGUAUUUGUUUUGCUACACGAUUCGAGUUCGUCGAUCAAAAAAUCAAUCACAACCAAGAGAUUUUUCAAUACCUUUUGCGAAAGAUUGAUAGAGAAUCGUAAAUUUAAAGUGCUUCAUCGAUUGCUGGAAUUUUGUUUGUCCGAUGCCAAUGAUUUAGCUGAAUUUAAAACGAACUUCGUGAGUAAUUCAGGAUCUAAAUUCUUCUACACCCGCUGCGAGAAAUUAUUGAUGAAUUGUAAAUUCGAAGAACUCAGCCAGUUGCUGGAGUGUUUUCUUCCUGACGCCGAAGAUUCGCUGCAGUUUAAAAGGAACUUCGUGAAUGAUUUGAAAAGCAAUAUUAUCAACGUAUACUGCGAAAAUUUAUUAUCAAACAGUAAAUUUCAAGAGCUUGAUCGACUGCUGGAAUAUUGUUUCUCUGGCACCGAAAAUUUAGCCCAGUUCAAAUUGAAGCUAGUGAGGAAUUCGGAGCAAGUUAGAAAAACCUGUUUGAAGUUUUACACUACUGGUGAUUUGAAUGGACUGAAUUAUUAUCUCGAGCAGCUUUUAGCCUCGUAUCCUAAUGUUAAAGUCGAGUACAAAAAGAAUUUGAUAACAUCGUCGGACGGAUUCGCAUUGUGUGUUAGUAUUAUGGAUGCUAGUGCUACAGUUGACAUACUGAAUAUGGUCUUGGAAGACAGUUUGACAGAUUCGAUUUUAAUAACACAAUAUAAAAAAACUAUGGUUUUUUCAUCCGAGGGUAUUAUCAAAUUGCAGAAGUUGUUGAAAAAUAAACGUUUAGACGCCGUUCAACUCUGCAUUAAUCGUUAUCUCACUUCAAACGGUGAUAAGAAAGCGUUGAAGAAACAAGUAAUCGGCGGCGAUAUGAUGAAGAUGAUGAAGGCGGUAUUGCAUAAUAAUGAUGAAUCGUAUUUGCAAACUGUUUUGAUUUGGUGUUUCGGAAAUGAUAAUGCCGUUCAAGAGUUCAAACGCACGUUACCCCUGAAUACGAUUUUCAUCAAGAUGUUGAAAGAUUGUGUGUUCUACGAGUACCAUCAUUAUUUGACGCAAUGCAGUUUUAAACGGUGCCAGCUCAGCGAUUUCAACGUUCUCGAACGGUUUUUAAAUUGGUAUUUCCAGUCGCCGGAUCAAGUAAAAGAGUACAAAAUGAAGAUAAUUCAUUCGUAUUCGAAAAUAGAUAUGUUCCAGACUUGUUUGAGAGGAAAUCGAGGCGAUAUGCAGUUGAGAACGGUGUUACAAUGGUUUUUCAAAAAUGACGCCGCCGAAAUUGCUAAAUUUAAAAAGCUUGGUGGCAAAAUAACACAACUGGUAUGAUUUAAGAUUUAAGCUGUUUGGUUCGUUCUACGUUGUUAUAGGUUAAUAGAUUUCGUGUUCUGGUAUAUUGUAUUCUUCGUUAUAAUAUUUUAAACAAAGUAAUUAUCUAUGUAUUAUUGUUGCGUGUAUGUUGUCGUUGUUUUUACUUUUUUAAAUUGUGAG